CCGGCCCCCAAGUGGUCACAGACCAGUUGCAGUCAGAUCUCCGUGCGAAGUGGGUUAAGAUUUCAGUGCGAAGAAAGUUCGUCCCGAGCGCGUGCCUACCGAGGAAUUAUUUGCUCCACCGUGCUUGCCACUACCCGUUCUACGCCAGCUGUUGUAGCUUUCAACGAAGAGUGUUAACAAAAUGGCCGCUGUCUGUUUCGGUUGCAAGGAGGAUAUCAAGGACAAGAUGCUGGAAGCGCUGGACAAGAGCUGGCACCCGGAGCACUUCGCUUGCAAGGAGUGCAAGAAGCGCAUCGCGGAAAACAAGUUCCACGAAAGCGAGGGCCUCCCGGUGUGCUCCAAGUGUUUCGAGUCGAAGGUGCAGGCGAUCUGUGCCGCCUGCCGCAAGCUGGUCACCGAGAAGGUGGUAAAGGCAAUGGGCAAGACAUGGCAUCUGGAGCACUUCAUCUGCGGCGGACCCUGCAAGCAGCAGCUGUCCGGGAAGACGUUCUUCGAGCGCAACGGCAAGCCGUACUGCACCGCCGACUACGAGCGGCUGUACGCACCAAAGUGUGGCGGCUGCAAGAAACCGAUCGCCGAGAAGGCCCUGUCCGCGCUGGAGAGCAAAUGGCAUAAGGAGUGCUUCAAGUGCAAGCUCUGCAAGGAACCGAUCGGAGUGGAUGCCAAAUUCCGGGCCGACAAGGAGAAGCAACCGAUCUGCGAAAAGUGUGGCGUGUGAAGAUACCCCGUGCAGCGCCCCUGCUCGCAACCAAAAUCACCCGGGAGCGUCCAUCUGUUUUGCAGUUCAGGCCAUGCUUGUUCGAUGUUAAAUGUUUACUGUAUCGUGUGCACCCCGUUCGUUUGUUUGGGAGAUGACUUCCAGCCGCGCCUAGAUGCGCACAUUGAUGGCGCCGGAGGUGUUUAGAGGUUGGCUAAGUAUUGGUGCUCCCUGUUUGCUGUAUGAGUGAGGUUGCUAGUAUUUUGUAUCGUCCUACCAACAACCUACCCUUUCCCAGUCCAUGUACAUAAGGAAACUAACUCCCAUUCAAAUUCACUCACCAUGCCACAUUGAGAUCCUGAGUACGUUCUGGAGUUCAAACACCUGUUAUCACACACACACACAUACACAAACACAACACUUGUUUUUUGCUAUUAAAUAAAUAGAUAAUUUAUUGUUGCAUCUUGCAGACAGAA